CAACACUUCCUGUUUAGGGUUUUCGCCUUUAACAAAGAUGGUGCUUAUGGGGCAGGUUCCCUAACAGUCAGGAUUCCGGUUGCAGUUUUUCUCCCCCGCCCCAAAGAUACGUGGUUGCAGACAGAGAAAUGGAGGCCAGAGACAAGCAAGUACUCCGCUCACUUCGCCUGGAGCUGGGUGCAGAGGUAUUGGUGGAGGGACUGGUUCUUCAGUACCUCUACCAGGAAGGAAUCUUGACGGAAAACCAUGUUCAAGAAAUCAAUGCUCAAACCACAGGCCUCCGGAAAACAAUGCUCCUGCUGGAUAUCCUACCUUCCAGGGGCCCUAAAGCGUUCGAUGCAUUCCUAGAUUCCCUACAGGAGUUUCCCUGGGUCAGGGAGAAGCUGAAGAAGGCAAGGAAAGAGGCCAUGACCGACCUGCCUGCAGCCACUAUGGAAGAUGUGCCCCUUGCUUUCCCUUUGCCUUCUGCCAUGAUUGUGACAGAUUGACUGGAAUCCCCUCGCACAUCCUCAACAGCUCCCCAUCAGACCGGCAGAUUAACCAGCUGGCCCAGAGGCUGGGCCCUGAGUGGGAGCCCGUGGUGCUGUCUCUGGGACUGACCCAGACGGAUAUCUACCGCUGUAAGGCCAACCACCCCCACAACGUGCAGUCGCAGGUGGUGGAGGCCUUGGUCCGUUGGCGGCAGCGCUUCGGGAAGCAGGCCACCUUCCAGAGCCUGCACAACGGGCUGCGGGCCGUGGAGGUGGACCCCUCGCUGCUCCUGCACAUGUUGGAGUGAUGGUGCCUCCGCCAACCGCUGGGGAGUGAGUCCCUGAGUCAUGUGGCUGAAUCCUGACUUUACUCAGAGCAGGUGGUGUUUUGUGUAGGUUUGUUUUUUAUUUUUAAUGAUCCUCAGAUGGAAGGAGAAAACAGGGUUUCCACUAGACGUGAUUUGAAAGGCCAGAUUACUCAGCAGAUCUCUCACGGUGGCUCAACAAUUCUUUGUUUUUAAUUGCUUGAAGAUUACAUUGUUGUAAUUGUUCAGUUUUUAAAUGUGUAAUGGCAUUUUAAUAGACUAUUAAAUCACAGUGGUUCAAAAAAUAUAUAUAUAUAUCAUGUCAUCACAUUACAAGCAGGUGUCUCAUAUGUAAAACAUUUACCUGAAUGUUGUCUGAGGACUGAACUGUGGACUUUACUAUUCAUAAUGAUAAAAUAAUCAAAUGUGAAUUACUACAUA